GCUUAUUUCUUUUCUCCCUUUUCCUCUUUCUUCUCCAGCCCGUUUCUGCUCGUCUUCCCGCUGCAACCCGAGAAAAAAAAAAAAAAAAAGGGGAACCCAGCCAUGCUUGAGAAACUAGUGAGAAAACUUGGAUUUCUCCUUCUUUUCUUGCUCUAGAACACUCCUAGAACCCAGAAAUCUUCCCUCCCCUACUGGAAAAGCCGGAUCUGCUCUGCUCUUCUGCCCUUGUUCGCCGGCUGCUCUUGUUGUGGAGCUUAGGUUGAAAUUAAAAGCCUAGGUUGAAAUUAAGAGUUUAAGAUUAAAUUAAGCACCUCCAGAUUGAGUGGCAUUAGAGUAGAUUGAGUGAUAUCCAAGCCUAGGUUUAAUUGAAUACCUAGGAUUUGUUUGGAACUUAGCUAGCCAGUGGAUUUUAGACCCGUGGUGAGACGAGUGAUGGGGUUAUAUAAGGGACAAUUCUGAUUCAUGUUGCCUGAAUUUUCUCAUCCAUUUCGAUGAGAUGGUGAUCUGAUUGUUCUUGUUGCUUGCCUUCAUACUCUGUGUGAAGUUGUGAAAGUAAUCUUGCCCGUUAUAUCCUGAAGACCUUGUUUUGAAACUUGGUCAUUUCUGAUAGUCCGCACUUGUUUAGACUUGUUACGUGAAUAGAAAUUUUGUAUGCUCUUUUGCCACUAUUGUAAAAUCUGGGGAGUUGCAGAGAUCUUUUGUCAGUGAUCCUGUUGGUCUCUACCACAUAGCUGGUGGAGAAUUUGUUCUGUUUGUCACAUGACCAGUGGAGGGUGGGCAACCCUCGAGUUUGAGCUGGAUAACUUGAUAAUUUCGCUGUUCCUUAUUUUUUGUAAGUCUUGUAGUGAAGUUUCACUUUUUCCAUUUGGAGCUUCAUGGUCUUUUCAUGUGGCUCAUUUUUCUAUAUUGGUUAAUCAAGAGCAGUGAUCAUUCCACUGUAAUUGCCUUAUUUUUGUGAAGAUUGGCAAGUUGUCAUAACUCUCUAUUGUUGCCAGUCUCUACAUUCUUGAUACCUGGAACUGCUUGAAACUCUUGAAAUCCGUCUUGAAUCUUUCUUGAGAUUGCUUUGUACUUGUUCUUGAAACUGAAAUCCAAAAAUGGAUAAUGAUUAUUGAGAUCCUCAUUAUCGUGAUACUUAUCUAAAAUUGAUUCUUGUAUUGUUCUUGGAAUCUAUUUUGAGUUGACCUUGAAAACAUUCUUGUUCUGACUCUUGCUCUUGUUCAAAUUCUGUAUACUGCUCUUGUUGAAAUCCUGCAUAUUAUGUUCGUUCUUGUGUCAGUAUACUUGAUGAUCUUCUUGAUUUUUGAUUUUGUUCAUAUGGAGACCUCUUUAGGAGGGGUGACGAUUAUCAGAAAAUAUCUAUAUGAGGCAUCCUCAUUCUUGUCUCUUGCAAGUGUUAAAUUCUGUAUUCUUUUAGCUUUGACUUGGCUUUAGGAUGUCUAGGAUGACUUGAUUGUAAAUCUGCUUAGCCUCCAUGAGCUACGAGGUGAAGGGGUAAUCUUUGAAAUACUUGAUGGCCUAGAGUUUUGUUCCAAGAGAAAUGGUUCUUUUGUCUGGUUGUUUUGAUUUUUAUUUGCCCUUUUAUUUAGAAGACAUGAAUCUUCUAAGCAUCUUGAUCCCAGCCAUUGCUUUGUUCUGUUAAUUAAUUCUAGUACUUGAGGUACUAGAUCUUGACAUCGUGGUUAUAUCUGCUCUUGAAUCCAUGUUCUGAUUGUCAUUAUUGGAAUUUCUUUUGUGGGUCUAAUUCUUGAAUUCUAUUGCUUAUUUCAUGGUUAACUCUUGUCUCUCAAUUUUGACUGCUUGGUUAAAUUUGAUAUUGAUUCUUGGUGAAUGCCAUUUUGUUGUUGAAUUUUGAGGCAUUCUACCUUGCACUCUUGUGUUCCAGUAUUCUUCCAAGCAUUCAUAUUUUUCAUUGAUUUUAUUCUGUUGCAGUUCUUGAGAUUCUUAUACGUCUUUUGAUGGGUCUAGCUUUUAACUCUUGUUAAUUGCUAAAAUCUGUCUCUUGAUUCCAGUUGCCUUGUUAGACAUAACCUUGCUUAUUGGUAAACCUUGUUUUGUGGCAUAAUGUAUAAGGCAUCCAUGCACUCGUUCAUUCAUUCAUGAUCCAUAUAUCCAUUGGAUGCUUAUUUGUCUUUGAAAGAGUUCAAAAAUUUGUUGUACUCAUAUUUCAAUCCAUGCCAUUCUUUGUCAACUCGUCUUGUGAUGGGUUCAAAGCGUAACCCCACAAUUGUUCUUUUGUGGCCUUGCCAGGAUUUAUUUUUAUUCGUUGUGCUUCCCAUAUCACCCCAGCCUCUAGUAGCUCAUUUCAUGGUAAACCCUGUUAAGUAGCUAGUGUCCUGCUGUUAUGUGUAGUUGUGAUUUGAUAUCAGAGUGGCGCAGCGGAAGCAUAGUA